AUGGCAAAUAGGACCAUAAUAAGAGAAUUCAUACUGUUGGGGCUGACUGACAACCAUCAAUUUGAUGUUAUCCUUUUUCUCCUCAUGUUUGGGAUUUAUCUUUUGACAUUAAUAGGAAACAUACUGAUUAUUAUUAUCACAUUGCUGAAUGCUCAACUCUAUAGCCCAAUGUAUUUUUUCCUCCGACAUAUGGCAUGGGCGGAGAUUGGGUAUACAUGUACCAUCAUUCCCAAAGCACUGGCCAACAUAGCCACUGGCAGUAAGAACAUCUCUUUAGUUGGCUGUUUCAUACAGAUUUUUCUUUAUUUUGUCCUUGGUACCACUGAGUUCCUCCUACUGGCUGUAAUGUCUGUUGACCGAUAUGUAGCAAUCUGUAACCCUCUUCGCUACUCAACUAUCAUGAAUAGACAAAUCUGCUCAUUACUGGUAUUUUCUUGCUGGGCUGGGGGGUUAUCACUAAUUCUAGUUCCAUCCAUUCCUUUAUUUCAGAUGCCAUUUUGUGGUCCUAACAUCAUCAACCAUUUCUUUUGUGACUCUGGACCACUACUCAAACUAGCAUGUGUUGACACCAGGCUCCUAGAACUGAUUGGUUUUCUGACUGCCACACUCUCUCUGCUUGGGACCUUAAGUGUCAACAUUGUGUCUUACGUCAAAAUCAUUUCCACAAUUCUGCGCAUCCCAUUAACUACAGGGAGGAAGAAGACCUUCUCCACCUGUGCUUCUCACAUGACUGUGGUCUCCAUCGCUUACAGCAGUUGUAUUUUCAUGUAUAUCAACCCAAAAGGCACCAACGAAUUAGAAUUCAACAAAAUAGUGGCUCUUCUGAAUAUUCUUGUGCCUCCUUUUCUGCUUCCAAUUGCAUACUGCUUGAGGAACAGACAAUUGCAGGAUGCUUUGAGGGCCGAAUUGAGACAAUGGAUUGGAUUUGGCAAGAAAUUGAGAUGA